AUGUCGUUCACCGCACGCUCGUGUCGCCGCUGCGUGCGAGACCUAGCUCCACCAGCCCGUCGACGUCUACACUCCACCACCACCGCAGCCUUCACAUCGACCCCAUCGACCUCAUCCACCACAUCACCACCACGGCUACGCUUCGCACCCUCGCCCACAGGCUACCUCCACCUCGGCGGUCUCCGCACAGCCCUCUUCAACCACCUCUUCGCUCGCUCCCUCGGCGGCAAGUGGAUCCUCCGCAUCGAAGACACCGAUCAAACCCGUCUCGUCCCUGGCUCCGUUGCUGCCCUGCAAGAGACGCUCGCCUGGGCCAACUUGCACUACGACGAAGGUCCCUCCGCCGGCGGGAGCCAUGGCCCGUACAUCCAAAGCGAGCGCUUGGAUCUGUACCGUCACUACGCCGAAAAGCUGAUUUCCGAGGGCAAGGCGUAUCGAGAUUUCCGCGCAGAGGUCGUCGCCUCCACCGACUCAGCCAAUUUCACCAAACAAGUCCCGCUGCGAGACACGUACAUCGCACCGGACGAAUCCGAAGCCAAACACCUCAUCUCGCUCAACAAACCGUACGUAGUCCGUCUCCGCGCUCCAACCACAUCCCUCGAUCACACGGACCUCGUCUACGGCUCCAUCCACUUCCCCUCCGACCCCCUGCGUCACGGAACCGAAGAUCCCAUCCUGCUCAAAUCCAACCUCUGGCCCACCUACCAUCUCGCCUCCGUUGUCGACGAUCAUCUUAUGGGCAUCACCCACGUCCUCAGGGGGGAGGAAUGGUUACCUUCGCUUCCGAAACAUCUCUGGCUCUACCAGGCGUUAGGAUUCCGACCGCCGGAAUUCGCACACCUGCCACUGCUGGUCAAUGCGGACGGAAGCAAGUUGAGCAAGCGAAGUGGCGAUGUCAGGGUGGAGAGCUAUAGGGAUAAGGGGAUCGAGGCGGAAGCGUUGUGCAACUUUGUCGGUCUGAUGGGGUACAACAAUCUGCGGUAUCACGAGGGGAAGAGGAGGGAGGAGGAGGUGGAUGGAGCCGGGCUGGAUGUGUUGACGAUGGGCGAGAUGGUGAAGGGUUUUAGGAUAGAGGAUGUGAAUCGGAGCAGGGCGAGUGUCGAUCUGAGCAAGUUGUACUACUUGAACGCGAGGCAUUUGGGGUUGAAGUUGGGGGAGGCGGAGGGGAGGAAGCAGGUGGUGAGCAGGAUCAGGGGGAGGUUGGAGGAGGCGUUUCCAGAGGCAAAGCAGAGGUUCAAGGAUGAUGCGGAGGUAGCAAAGGUUGUCGAGUUGACGCGUGGAACCUGCGCAACACUGUUCGACGUACCCCAAUCCGCCAUACCGCUCUUCCGACGUCCCAGCUGGACCCCUCACCCUCCACCCGACACCCUCUCCCUGUUCCGCCAUAGCAAACUCAUCCACACCCACUUCACCCGCGCCCUCUCCACCGCCCACCAAGAAUUCUCCGCCCUCCCCCCCUCCAACUGGACGCACGACUCCAUCCACGCCGUCAUCGCCUCCCUCCCCCGCCUGCUCUCCAACGCAUCCAUCCCUCCCAACGACAGCAACGCCCCGAAAACCAAGAUCAAAAAAGCAGCCAUCCUUGCACCGCUACGAUUCGCCAUCAGCGCAUGCGAAAGGGGCGCACCUCUCGCGGACCUGUUUCUGUUCUUGGGUAGGGACGAGUCACUGGAGAGAUUGAGAGCUGCGUUGGACGCUGUCGAGGCUGGAUCGUUGAGUUUAGAUUGA